AUGGCUUUUCUAGGGACUUUACAAAAACUUACAAGUGUUAAUACUACCUACAAAAUCAUGUUGGGUUUCCGAAGUGUUGCAGCCAAAAAUAUCACAGCGAAAGAAGCGGUGCAGAUCUCAGAUGGCCAUUCAUCGAUUUGUGCUCUGAGCGCUGUAGUGUGUCUUAUAUGGUACUUUACAGUGCUAGCACUAGCGUAUUCCGGAUGGAUCGAGAUUAUGAGCAAGUUUCGAGGCAAAAAGCGUCUAGCACGUCCACAAGAAGCGCACGAGCCCGUUAGCAUUAUUAGACCAUGUAAAGGUAUCGAAACAGAGAUGGUGGCUUGUCUUGAAAGUUGCAUACUGCAAGAGUACCCAAGGGAUAAGUUUGAGGUGCUUUUUUGCGUUGAAAGCAGCACCGAUUCGUGCUUGCCCAUCAUUCAACAACUCAUCGCCAAGUACCCUCAACACAAUUUGAAACUUUUGGUGGGCAAAGAAGGAUGUGAGGACUACUACGGGCCCAAUCCGAAGAUCAAUAACCUCUCAAAGGGCUACCGCUACGCACAAAAUGACAUUAUAUGGGUUCUGGACGCCAAUGUGUGGUGCCCUCCUGGCAUUUUGGGCCGCAGUGUCGCCAGCUUGGUGAACUCUUUGGACAAUGGCACCAAAACCACAUCGCGGCCAGUAGUUUUGACUCACCAUGUUCCUUUGGCUAUCAGCAUCAGCCAAAACACGCGUUCCGUGCCUUUGAGCGCCCGUCUUGACGAAAUGUUCAUGUUCAGCUCACACGCCAAGUUUUAUGUGGGUUUCAACAAGGUCAGCAUAGCGCCGUGUGUGAACGGUAAAAGCAACAUGUAUCGUCGAUCUGAUCUAGACGCCGCGGUGGAAUUUAUUGGGGAGGCUACAAAACACACAAAUCUGUUCCAGGAUCCGGAGAUUCAACGCGAGGCACGUACAAUUGCUGCCAAGUGCGAGAGAUUGUCGAAUGUUGAUACGAGAAGAGCUUUUACAGAGUUUAAGGCCGAUGCCAGAACAGGUCAAGUGAUGGCUAAAGAUGUAUCGGCCCAGGAACAAUUGCAUCACCAUGGUAUCGAGUUUUUUAGCACGUACAUCGGGGAAGAUAACAUGAUCGGCACGGCCCUGUGGGAUAUGCUUGGCGGACGCACCGGUAUGACAACUGACGUUGUAGUUCAGCCGUUGCAAUUUGGAGUUCGUGACCAGGGGCUUCGCAAUUUCAUCGAUCGUCGAGUGAGGUGGUUACGAGUUCGCAAGUAUAUGGUAUUGGCAGCAACGCUUUUGGAACCCACGACAGAGUGUUUUUUAAUUGGCCUCAUGGGCUCAUGGGGACUGGCCUGGCUUUUAGAGGUAAAUUAUGCCGUUAUCUACCUGGUCCACUGCCUAUUAUGGUGUGCUACUGACAGACUACAAUAUCUAGUGCUGCUUCGAACAAUUUAUGCCGAUGACCAGCUAGAACAAGAGACCAUGCCGAAAUUUUUGGAGUGUGCCGAGACGCCACGAGGCCUAUGGAACUGGUGGCGGCUUUGGUUGCUCAGAGAGCUCUUGGCGCUCCCGAUAUGGAUCAAGGCAAUGUGUGGGUCUGUGAUCGAUUGGCGUAAUAAACCAUUUCGAAUCAAACGAGACUUGACAGCAGAAGAAUUGGUAAAAUGA